CCGUGUGUGCAUGUCGCUUGCGCUUACGGCCUCACGUAACCUUGUAAAUACGUAGUCGUAGUAUUCGUAUUAAGUUCGUAGUUGUAAACAUGUGUCUCGCUAAGGAAGAUUCACUAUCGCCCCAGAAGGAGGCACAGUCGCCUCGUUCGCCUUGGAUGAAGCUCUUGAAUCGCCAGAGCUCAAAACCAAGGCUGCCACGAAAGGUGACUGCCUCUACGAGAGUGAAUCUCAACAAAUGUUGGUCGAAGCUUGGAGAGUUGAUCUCCAAUUCAUCGCCUCGCACUGACCUGCCAUCGAACAAGACUGCUUAUACCGGAGAACCAGUUUUGGUGCCGUUCUCCGAAUAUUUCUAUCCAAUGGACCCGAUGAAACCGGUUCCCGUCGAAGACAACGACAACGCCGAAAACCAGAACAUCCUGAACUCCAGCCGUUUCAAUCUCAUCUCUGAAGAGGAGAUCAAUGACAACAUGGCCAACGAAGUCCGGGAGAUCUGCUACACGGCGAACAAGUCCAGCUGCUUCGUAUGUAAGCUUUGCUACUAAUUCGUGCAUCUCCAAAAUCAUAAUCGUCUUCCAAUUAUUUCCAUUAUCCGUAAUAAUAUUUUGGUACUAAUGCAGUGAAAACAAAAUCGUGUCCAAUAUUAGGUUUAGUGUGUGCUUCGAUAGCACUUCGGCGUCUUCCGUUAGAAUUAGUAACGCGGUAUGCUGAUACAACCUCACUCUAAUGUUGUGAUUUAUCUUUUUGUGAUCUUAGAGUAUUAAGGUUUAGAUUUUCAAGUUUUAGAUGUUAUUGUAGAGUAUUUUGUAUCAGCACUCGGCGUAUUAGUGUUCGAUAUUGUGUACCGUAUAAAGUGCCCGUUUUGGUAGACAGCUUUAAUGUCAACUGCACUGUAAUUAUCAUUGCACCAAUUUCAUCCUAAUUUCUUCAUUCUAUCUCAAGUGUAACACUUUUCAUUAACGUCUUUGUCCAUUGUCUUCCAUUAGAUUGUAAGUUUUGUCUGUGAUAACAAGAGUACAUGACUCGAAGCUUUAAUUAGAAUAAGAGAUGACUUAAAAUUAUAGAUUUUUAUCAAAAUACAUUGAAACACUAACAGUGAUGUUGGACUCCUGAUAUUCAAGCUAAUUUCAAAGCCUUUGAACUUAGCUUCAGUACCGAAUAAAUUUUUGUUUUUAGAGUAAUUAACUCUUCAAUCAAUAAUAAUUGUGAUACAUAAAAUGUAUGUUUGUCCUACAUUGCUUUUAGUGUUUUUAUAUAAGAAAAUAUACUCGUAAUAUGAGAUUGAAUCCAUGACGAAAGCUUUAAUAGGAAUAAGUUCUCUAAAGUUUUAUAUUUCUUGUAACUUGCUUUAGAACUUGUCUUAAAUUUUUUCUUACGUGUAUCAUUAGAAAUGGGCCGAGCGUGCCAAUCUUAGUUUUAGAUCUUUCUUAGAUAUAAGCAUCUUAGUUUAAGAUAAGCUUUAACAUCUAUAACUUAUAGUUUUAUGUUUGUGUUAUUACAAUUUUGUCGAUUUCUCCCUCUUAUGUCAAUUGUUAGUUUAGUAUUUUCUUUGAAUAGUAUCGUAAUUCUUAGUUUUAAGUUUAGACUAUAAACCAUUUUUGUAGACUGAUAAUGUUAAGUAACUUCAAGACUUUCGUUUGAUCUCUGUAUCUCAAUAAAGAUAUCUUUUAAUGA